CUCAUCAUCAUUGUAAUCAACUAAUCAUCAUCAUCUUAAUCAAAUAGUAGCUGAUUACAUUUACAAAAUGCUUAAUAAGAGAUUCAAAAUCGCUAAAUGUAAGACGUCGUUAAAAUUAGCGACGUCACGGAUAAAGUUGAUGAGGAAUAAGAAAGGAGUACAGAUAAUUCAAAUGAAGAAAGAAUUAGCUCAAUUGUUAGAAUCGGGUCAAGAUCGAACUGCCAGAAUUCGAGUUGAACAUGUAAUUAGGGAAGAGAAGCUGGUUGCGGCAUAUGAUUUGAUUGAAAUAUAUUGUGAACUUAUUGUAGCACGCUUGCCUAUUAUCGAAUCCCAAAAAACUUGCCCUAUUGAUCUUAAGGAAGCAGUCACGAGUGUGAUAUUUGCAGCUCCUAGAUGUUCAGAUAUAACAGAGCUUGUAGAUGUUCGGAAGAAUUUUACAGCAAAAUAUGGAAAAGAUUUUGUUUCUGCAGCUCUUGAGCUGCGCCCUGACUGUGGUGUUAACCGCAUGCUAGUUGAAAAAUUAUCUGCAGUUGCACCAGACCUGCAAGCGAAAAUGAAAGUGUUAAGUGCUGUGGCAAAAGAACACAACAUCAGUUGGAAUCCAACUUCAUUUGAAGAGAAAGAAUCAAAGCCUCCUGGUGACUUGUUGAAUGGACCCACGAACCUUGAGAAGGAGAAUGCGAUGUAUGUCGAUCCGAAGAUCCAAACUCCGGAUUUCCAGAAUGUCCACAGCCAUGAAGGAAUUCCAAAUGUACCUCUUGACUUCUCUCAGCAAAAUAGAAGAUUCACACUAGAUGCUCAAAAUGAAACUACUGCGGAUAGUAAUGGCAUUCAGUUGUCUGCUUCUGCUAAUCAUGAUGACAUAAGGCCUACAGGAAUGACCUUUGGGAUGAUGAACAUGAAGCAACCCUUCAAUAGCAACAGUGAUGAUUCUUGGAAUAUGGAGUUCAAGGAUGCUACUUCUGCAGCACAGGCAGCUGCCGAGUCUGCAGAACGGGCUAGUAUCGCUGCUAGAGCAGCUGCACAACUCUCAAGCCAAGGGAAAAUUACCCGACAAUAUUCAACUGAAUCACAGAAGUCGCAUAUUAGAGAAGAACAGCCUCAAGUUUCUAUUACUUCAGAAUAUCCCGGUCAGGGUCAGUUUAAAUAUGCAUAUAAUGCCUCUUUCAACAAUAGAAAGCCGAUGAUACAUAAUGAACAUAUGGAUCCAAGCGCAAAGAGUACUUCACCAAAAGCCACCAAAGGAUCAAGCAGUUUGAGAUCCAGAAACGGUUCAGUUGACAAGAGUUCGGUGAAUCACAUCCAUCAGGCAGAUGGGUACUUUGAAACAAAUGAAGACCAAACUCAUUCUUCUCCUGAAAUUAGUUUAAAAACUGAAUCUAGAGAUCGGUUUACAAGUGGUAACAAGGAAGGCUUUACAUUUCCUCCAUCUCGUUCACAUUCUAGCAGGGCUGGGGAUGAAAGUGACCUGUUGACUUCCGACUCACAAAACGUCGGUAAAAGAACUGUUCUUGAUCAAGGAAACCUGUCUGGAAUCAAAAAGGGGAGCCCUUAUGGGGAUGCUAAUAGAGAUGAUGAAACAGACUCUGAUGAUGAUGAUCCUGGACGUCUUAGGUUUGAUAUGGGAUUUGAGUAUGAUGAAGGCGAGGCGAAGUUGUUUUUUCCAUCUCCAGACAGGGAAACUAUACAUCCUCUAGAAAAUUCGCAAAUUUCAAGCCCGAAACGGAAUUCUUCAAAAUCUGUGGAUCUUUCCAAUGGACCAGAUUCUGAAAGUGAAAGUGAGACAGAAAAGUCACGUUUUAGUGGGAGAAAAAAGUUUACUUCUCCGCGUAAACACGGUCUUUUGUCUACACAUCCAGAGCCAGUAUAUGUAGAACCCUCACCAAAUGUUAAUUCUAGAAAAUCUCGAAUUGAGUUGAAUGAUUUGGUUGAAAGUGAAAGUGAGAUGGGAAAACCAAGUCUUAGUGAAACAAAGAAGUUCACUUCUUUGGGUAAACACAAUCUUUUCUCUAAGCAUCAAGUUUCGUCUGACGUAGAAUCAUCUCCAAAAGUUAAUUCUAGUCAAUCUCAAAUUGAGUUGGAUGAUUUGGUCAAAAAGGAUAGCGACUUUCUAAAUCAAUCUGAUGAUUUAGAUACUGGGGAAGAGUUAAAAUUCGAAACAUUGACAGGUGACCUUCGAAAAAAUGGUAGAAAGUACCCACCUUACACAGAGAGCGCCUCACCUUCAUCCAAGAAGUCCGUUGAAGAAAGUACGAUAAAAGGCAACUCAACUUCUAAACAUUCUAUCAAUUUGAGAGCUGGCAAAUUGGUCAACAAAAAAAUGAAUGUAUCUACUUUAAGUUCUGAAUCUGAUUCAGAUGAAUUUUCAGUACAACCCUUGAAAAGUAAAUCACAGUUUGCGCCUCCUGAUGCCUUUUUCAAUAGGGAUGAAAUUGAUUUAGAGGAAGACAUUCCAAAACGUAUGUCCAGUGGUAAAGUUCAUUUGGGUUCCGGGCUAUCUCGCAGAACAAAGGGUCAGGCUGAGCCCAAGGCUAAUACAAUCACUUUCAAUCAAUCUCCAGCAAAGGGUCGGUCCUACACUGAAAACUUCAGGAAAAACUCAGACAGUAGUACUGAAUCAAAAACGAGUAGCAUUUCAGCAGAACGAAAAUCCAGCACACCUUUUAAACAAGAAGCGUUUAGAACAAUGCCAGAGCCCAAGAUUUAUGAAACACCACCGAGUCCUCCAAAAAUGAUGGCAGAGUCUGGUAAGACAGAGGAACCAAAAACAACGAAUCUGACUUCCAACAGUUUACCUGGAGAAACAAAUAAUAUAAAGAAACCCAGUCAUGUUCAUCCAAAGCUCCCUGAUUAUGACUCUCUAGCUGCUCGUAUCCAGGCUCUACAGAAAACAAAUCGUCAAUGAGUGCCUGAAGUUUUAUUUGCAUAUACUUGGGAUGAAAUUUUACACAUAUAUCGAGUUUUCAACUGCAUAAAAACCCUAUUCAGUUUCAAGUGUUUUUUUCACACACACACACACACACACGCACACACACACGUAUUCAAACAGUUCGUGCAUAUGUGUUUUGUUUGUUUUUCGAACAGCAGAUGAUCAUUUUUACAUAUACAGCAGGUUGGAAAUGAGAGUUUGUCGGUACCAGUAAACUUCAUUUGAUGUCCUUAUAGUUUAUACAUGAACUCAAGAACAUGGUAUUUUAUAAAAUUUCUUUGAUUCUUUGAA